AUGGCAGCUUGUAACAGUGGCAGCAGCAGUUCAGCUGCUCAAAUAGACAAACCAAAGAGAUCAAGUAACUGGACCGAGGUUGAAACAAGUGCUCUGAUACGUAUAUGGAAUGAAUAUUUAUCAGACCUUCGAACAGCCAAGAGAAAUGCUAAAGUAUAUGAAAAAAUAGCUGAAGAAUUUUUUGAAGCUACUGGGAUAAGUCGUGAUAAGGACCAAAUCAGAACCAAAGUUACUAAUUUGACGUUUCAAUACAGAAAACUUAAAGCUACAUGUGGAAAUGUUGCUUCAUCUUCAUACUGGCCAUAUUACGAAGCUAUCCACAGGAUGCUCGCUCAAUUCCCUGGGCAGGAUGAAAUCAGUACAUCUGAAAGUGUAUUACAGAUACCUUCAGUUUCCAAAUCAGAAGCUCCUUCACCCCCACCGAAACCAGCAUCACUUCCAAACAUAUCUGAUGAUGUUUUGCUAUCCGAGGGAAGUUCUUGCGAGUCUGAUCUCAUGGAAAAUUCAUCCAGUUUUCAUUCUUCACAACUCAGAUACGACCCACAACCCAUUAAAAAGAGGAAAACAUCAAAUGCUGACUUACAUAAGAAGCGUAUAAAACUAAUGGAAUCAAUGUUGGAAGAACAAAAGAAAAUAAGUGCAGCCGUGGAAGAAACAAAUAGAGAGGUGCAGAGAAUCCUUGACCAACAAACUCUCCUAUUAAAUCAAAGCUUGCAGCUGCAGAAGCAUAUGCUACAUUUGUUAGAAAAAGUAGUUUGCCAACAUGGUGCAAAAAAGCCAAAUGUCUUUUAAGUGCAUUUGAUUUAAAUAUCUAAUUUUUAAAAUGGUGGAUAAACCAUUUUAAAAUGGUGCAUAUGGUCAAUUACAUGCAACAUAUUCAAGGUUUUAAAUCUAAUGAUCCUUAUUUUCUACUUAGUACUCUAUUCAGCACUGAUGCAUCAUCAGGAAAGUCAUUUUUUUAAAGAGAGAAGCAGCAACAAUAUUAGGCCAUCUUGCAAUGCUCCCUAACCCCAAAGAUAAUAGAAAAAAUGCAGUAGUUCUCUGAUAGAGAUGGCUGAAUCUUUAUCCGUUAAAAACACAAAUUGCUUGUCAAUUUUUCCCUUCGUCACUAAUAAAAAUGGGUCAUUUGAAAUGUCAUUUAUCUGCAUUUUUGAGGCGGUUACAGUCACAAAAUUGGAAACUUAAUAUUAAAUGGGAAUAAACGAUACAUUUGGCGGUGACAAAGUAAGUCAUGCUGAAUUACUUAUGUUUGAAGGACAUACUACACAACAACACAGAAAUAACAAUUGGCCGCCAAAGAAGUUUGUUGAUGAAUUAGAACUGUGACAAUGCUAAAUAAAGAUUUCCCUAUUUAUUUAACUGACUUCAGAUAGUUGGGAUAAAUAUAAUUUAAAACUAGCUUCAGUCAAUCAGGUUUCUCGAAAGAUCCCAUUGUUCUGUGGCAAAACUGGUGUGCGGUGACCCAUGUUCAAAGCUGGCUGCAUGCAAUCACAUCCAGUCAUUAUAUUCAACAUUAAGAUGGCUUUUCUUUUUUGUUUCAAUGCUUUUGUUCAAUUAGAUCAAAAAAGUGGUUUGUUGGCUGCAAUAGUUUAUUUGAAAUGUUAACUUGUGUGUACUGAAGGCAUGUGGAAUAAUCUCUAUAAAUGUUGUUUGGCCAUUUAAGGGAAACUAAUAGAGGAAGCAGCAAUACUCAAGACGUUAACAUCUCAACUCAAAAGGCAUAAAUCUCAUAAAUCUACUAAACUCUCAUGUAUGUUUGUUUACUUUCAGGAAACCACUGUAAUGUUAAAGACAACCCAUGUUAUAAGUUACAUCACAAUUUCUCAACUUUGGUUCUUGCAAUAUGAACUGAAACUUCCAAUGUCCAUCUAUAUUAUACUUUAAAAUAACAAAGUUCACCUUCAUCAAGAAGUUCAAUUGUUCAUCAGGCUUCCAAAAACAUUCUGAAAUAGAUAUAACCCCUUUGUGAUUAUUUAUAUGUUUUAUUAAAGUAUUGUGUUCUUUCGGUAUCCUGCUACAUCUCACUGGUCUCUUCCCAUUAUUCAGUUUGUAAAUAAAUCUGACCAAAUCAUUUUAACUUUUA